CGGUUUUAUCGUGAAUAAACGUAAGUGCUCCCCGAGCUCACCCGUCCGCUAGAGUAGCCUAGCACCGCCCUGUUCUGCCCCGUCCUGUCUUGUCUUGUACCCCCUCCCUCCCCGUCUUGCCCCAACGUCCCAGUAGUGGACGUUACAGGCAGGGGCAGGGGCGAUGGCGCUGGGUGCGGCAGCGCUCAUUCUGAUUCGGAGGGCAGUGAGGGCCGAGGCCUGCUCAUCCAAGGAGAGCUGCCCGAAGGCACGGAUGAGGUCGUCGGAGUUCUUAAUGUCCGAUGCUACCAUGUUAGGGUCUGGGACUGGGAAGGACGGGGUCGUGGAGCGAGGAACGGGGUCGUGGAGACUGGGCAAGAAGCUUGGGAGAGGUUCACUCGCCUGGGAAGGGCCGGGCGAGGGAAGUGGUUUAUUUAUCUGGUUUCUCAUGGUACAUGACUGUGGAAACAAUAAACGGGACUGGACAGACGCGCUCGUGUACCCCAAACGCGGGCAGGCAUGCUGGAUCGGGAAGCGUGUCACACCUGGUUCCAGCCGUGGGAAAGUGCGGUUUGAACCCUGACAAAAUGGGUGCAAGAAAGGAGGGGCUUUAUAGCCAAGAGGGAAACCGAAGGGCGAAAGUGGGCGAGAAGGGUGGAGCGACAAACGAGGGACGAGAUGGGGGUGCGAGG